AUGUCCGCAGCCGGGGGCUUGACUCGCCGAAGGGGUGGCGGUCGGGUCGCUGGCGCAGAUGAUAACGACGACAGCAGAGUCUCGUCUCCCGUGUCCCGAAAUGGCUCUGCGCUCGACCACCGCGGUCCCGAAACCUCCUUCACCAGCGCCGAGAAUGGCCACAAGAUCGCCUUUGACCCUCGGGACAUCAGCGAGACAGAGGAACGCAGCAAACAGCCCAAGCUGACGCUGAUGGAGGAAGUGCUGCUGUUGGGUCUGAAGGAUAAACAGGGGUACCUGUCGUUCUGGAAUGAGAAUAUCUCGUAUGCACUGCGCGGCUGCAUCGUCAUCGAACUGGCGCUGCGCGGUCGCAUCAGCAUGCAGAAGGAUUCGGCUCGACGACGCUUCCCCCUGGCCGAUCGCGUGAUUGAGGUUAUCGACGACACGUUGACUGGGGAGGUCUUGCUGGACGAGGCGUUGAAGAUGAUGAAGUCGAGCGAGAAGAUGAGUGUGAACUCGUGGAUCGACCUAAUGAGCGGCGAAACGUGGAAUCUGAUGAAGAUCGGCUACCAGCUGAAGCAAGUACGGGAACGUCUUGCCAAGGGUCUCGUCGAUAAGGGCGUCCUUCGCACCGAGAAGCGAAACUUCCUCCUCUUCGACAUGGCAACGCACCCGGUUGCCGACGGCGGCGCCAAGGACGACCUCAACCGCCGAGUCCGCAACAUCUGCACCAACCGCACCGUCAUCCUUCCGCCCAACACAUGGUUGCCGGAGGACUCCGAGUAUCGGUACCUGCGGACGGUGGUCAUGGUGUGCGCCGCAUACGCGGCCAACGUGCUGGAGAAUGCCCUGGUCACGAUGAGCCACGAGUCCCGCGAGCGGGCCUUUGCCCAGGUGGAUGAGCUGCUGGCCGAGUAUUCGCAGUUUCCGUUCGCGCGGAAAGCGGGCGGCGGGCAGGCGAUCGGGGCCAACCUGGCGCAGGCCAUCAACGAGGAGGUGGAGAAGGGCAGUGAGAGAGAACUUCAGAUGGAGGUAUGUGCUAGAUUGACGGUCACCUUUCCACCUUUUGACAAGGAGUCUUCACUAACAUGA